AUGGCGCGGAAGAAGUUGCGGCCGCGGCUCAUCGCCGAGCUGGCCCGUCGCGUGCGGGCCCUGCGGGAGCAACGGGAGCGGCCGCGCGACUCGCAGCGCUAUGCGCUGGACUACGGGACGCUGACGCGGCCGCACUCGGGCCGCCGGCUGCCCGCGCGCGCCUGGGCCGACGUGCGCCGCGAGAGCAGCCUGCUGCAGCUGCUCAGCCGCCUGCCGCUCUUCGGCCUGGGCCGCCUCGUGACGCGCAAGUCCUGGCUGUGGCAGCACGACGAGCCGUGCUACUGGCGCCUCACGCGCGUGCGGCCCGACUACACGGCGCAGAACUUGGAGCACGGCAAGGCCUGGGGCAUCCUGACCUUCAAAGGACACACGGAGAGCGAGGCCCGGGAGAUCGCGCAGGUCAUGCACCACGACUGGCGGCUGGUGCCCAAGCACGAGGAGGCGGCCUUCACGGCUGUCACGCCGGCACCGCCCGAGGACGCUCAGUGCCGCGUGCCCUACCCGCCGCUCCUCCGGGCCAUGAUUCUAGCGGAGCGACGGAAGAGCGGGGACACCAGCACCGAGGAGCCCAUGCUGAAUCUCGAGAGGACGCGAGAGCAUCCCUGGGACUACCCUGCGAAACAGGAGGCGAAGAAAAGGGCCAAGGCCGCCGCGGUGUAAAACGCCAGAGCGGGCAGGCUGUCGGGGAAGCGUACGGCGCUGGGCCCCGGUGUGAGAGCGAGAAUGAACCCCCGGGAGCUUGCAUCCGACCCGCCCCCCGCGACUUGUGCUGAAACGGACGGGCCGUUGCCCCUGUGUCUUUCCUUUGUCCCCCAGCUCUGUGAUGACUGCUGGGGGGAAGCCGCGGGCCGCGGGGCUGGCCGUGUGCAGCCCUCGCGCUGGCGCCUGUACCUUCCAGGCUCUUUCCCCGUCCCCGUCGCGUGCGGCCUCUGCCGGGACUCGGGCAGACUGCACGCGAAUAAAGGCAGAAGCCAUA